AUGGCGCAUCUAGUCGUCUUUCAACCAAUUCUGCUGCUCACUCUUGGUGCGGCUCUGGUGGUGGCCCAAACCAAUUACUGCUCUUCGAGUCUCUGCGGGAGCUCCCAGCAUAUAGCAUGUGGAAACACAGGCGCAUGGUCCUCGGCCUGCCCCACUAGUCCGGCCCCCAUAGCAGUUGCCAUAACGCCAGCCCUGAGAACGCAAAUUGUGAGAGGUCACAAUAUAAGACGACAAAGGUUGGCUGCAGGUAAUCUUCCCGGUUUUAGACCGGCUGUUCGCAUGGCCCCUGUCAGAUGGAACAAUGAACUUGCUCAGUUGGCGGCCCUCAAUGUCAAGCAGUGCGUGAUGCAGCAUGAUGCAUGCCACAAUACGGCUCAAUUCAAGGCUAGUGGACAGAAUUUGGCAAUGGUCGGCUAUGGCGGUGCCCGAUCAAGCAGAACGAAUCAGCAGUUGGUCGCUCAGUCCCUCACCAUGUGGUGGACUGAGUAUAGGGUAACAACAAUGGCACAAAUUAACGCAUAUCCCAGUAACUACAACGGGCCAGCAAUUGGCCAUUUCACGGCAAUGGCUCAGGAGAAGAACACACAUGUGGGGUGUGCAGCGGCGCGUUAUUUUCGGAAUAAUAUGAACUAUUGGCUGUUCGCAUGCAAUUACGCUACUACGAACUAUAUAGGUCUACCCGUCUAUACGGCGGGGCCCACCGCAUCUAAAUGCACGAAGGGCAGGAACGUGAAUUUCAAUGCCCUCUGCAAGGUUACUGAAGUCUAUAAUUUGUGAAUCUCUUCAAUGGUUUUAUAAACUAUUAAAAUAUAAAGUAAUGGAAAACCA